CACGUGAAUAAACCAGAACCAUGCUGCUACAGCCAGUCUGGAGUUUUCUUCUAGGAUACUCAUCUGUCCUGCGUUCCCCCUUCUUCCCAGUCUUCUUCUCUCUGUCAGUGUACCUGAUGUUCUGUUUGCCUUUUUUGCUGCUGGACCUGUUAUCCUUAAAGUGGGACUUUGUGCGCAGAUACAAGCUGCAGUCUCAGAGCUCCAUCAGUUGGGCAACUGUUCAGAGAUGCCUGGCUCUGACCCUCUACAACCAUGUGAUCUUCAUCUUUCCACUCACCGUGCUCAACUGGUACCUGCGGCCAGUGCUGCUGCCCCAGGAUGCUCCCUCCCUGCAUCACCUGCUGGCUCAGGUGCUGGUCUGCCUGCUGCUCUUUGACUUCCAGAGCUUCAGCUGGCACCUGCUGCACCACAAGGUGCCCUGGCUGUAUCGCAACUUUCACAAGCUGCACCACACGUACACCUCCACCUCAGCCCUCACAGCAGAGUACUCUGGGGCCUGGGAAACCCUGAGUUUGGGACUUUUUGCUGCUGCCAACCCCCUGAUGCUGGGCUGCCACCCCCUCACAGAGAUGACCUUCUUCAUUGUAAACAUCUGGCUGUCGGUGGAGGACCACUGCGGUUAUGAUCUGCCUUGGGCUACACACCGUCUGAUCCCCCUGGGAUUGUUUGGUGGUGCACGCCACCAUGACCUCCACCACCUAAAAUCAAACUGCAACUACGCCCCCUAUUUCACACACUGGGACCGUCUGGCCGGGACGCUGCAGGAACAGGACUGAACCUAAGAUGACCCAGCUGGGGACAUCCUGAAACAGACAUCCAGAGAUGUCAUAAAAUACUCAUUCAGCUACAAACUGAUGGCCCCAACCAGUAGCAUUUUUUUUUAUUGACUUUUAUCACCUUUUGAAUUUUGGUGUUGGAAGCUUCCAGGAUCUUGUGGGAAUUCUGUUCUUAUUUAUAUGGAACACCUUCUUGACCAGUAAACAGACUGAAAGAAGUUUGAAUGAAAGACUUCUACUUUAGUAUAAAGAUUGUCUUUAAAAUUAAUGUUCAUAUUGAACCUUUUAACCUGCACAUUUGUAUAGUUUUAUAUACAGUUUGUAUUCAAUGUAUUUGGAGGAGAUGGACUGAGGAAAAAUGAAUGUGAACUAAGAGAGAAGGGAAGUGGUGAUGUAAGCUGCUGGGAAGGAGGAUGAUGAGGCAAUGAAAACAUGAUUGAAUGAGAGGAAGAUGGGGAAUGGUGAGGAAUAUUUUGUAUGAAUUAAGUGGAAAGAAAUUGUUUUUUAAGGAAAAAUGUAUGUUAAGCUUAUGAAUGAACUGAAGCACUGAGAAGACAAAUGAAGUGUGUCUUCCAAAGAGGAAUAACAGUUCUCUGUGACAAAUUAUUAUUUUUUGUUGGGGUUUGCUUCUAAAUGAAAAUGUUCCUAUAGUCGAAAUGUAUGAGUUGACCUGCUGGUUUUAGAACAGGUGAUUCUGCAUUUCGUAAUUUAAUGAUGUAUUUAAUUAUUUAU